AUGGGUACUGGAAAGAAAGAAGCCACCCGGCGCGAGCGCCAAGGCAAAGGAGGAGAUGGUCUUAACAAUGUCAAGACCAAGGGCGAGAACUUUUAUCGCGAUGCGAAAAAGGUGAAGCACCUUAACAUGCUUCGCGAUGGAGGAAAGGUGCAGAGAAACGCAAUUGGAGAGAUUACCAAGGCUGCCUCAUACCAGUCGCGCGACAUCCCCAACGCUCGUAUCGAGCCGAACCGCAAGUGGUUUACAAACACUCGAGUGAUCUCUCAGGACUCCCUAAAUGCCUUUCGCGAGGCAAUGGAUGAGCAAUCUCGUGAUCCGUACCAGGUUCUGCUGAAGACAAACAAGCUGCCCAUGACCCUUAUCAAGGAUGGGAAGGAUACUCAGAAUGGAAUCAAACAGCACAAGGCCAAGAUGACCGUCGAGACAUCACCAUUCGCCGAAGUCUUCGGUCCCAAGGCGCAGCGUAAGCGAGUUAAGCUUGGCGUCAGCAGUCUGGACGACAUGGUCGGCGAUACCGAGAAGAGUAUGGACACCUAUCAUGAUCGCUUGGAGCAACAAAAGCUUCUAUCCGGCGCCUCUGGUGACGCUGAGGAUCUUGAUGAGGCUGGCAAGCCUCUCACCAUGUCCAUUGAGCCUGUGUUCGACAAGGGACAAAGCAAGCGAAUUUGGAACGAACUCUACAAGGUUAUCGACUCUUCGGAUGUGAUCAUUCACGUACUUGAUGCUCGAGAUCCUAUCGGCACUCGCUGUUUAAGUGUCGAGAAGUAUCUGAAGGAAGAGGCAAGCCAUAAAGCAUGUAUUUUAUUGCUCAAUAAGGUCGAUCUGGUUCCUACAAGUGUCGCAGCUGCGUGGGUCCGCACUCUCUCCAAAGAGCACCCUACUCUUGCUUUUCACGCCUCAAUCAACAACUCAUUCGGAAAGGGCUCACUCAUUCAACUACUUCGACAAUUUUCCUCACUACACUCUGACCGAAAACAAAUUUCUGUCGGGCUGAUCGGUGGUCCCAACACCGGAAAAUCCUCUAUCAUCAAUACCCUGAUGAAGAAGAAGGUUUGCACUGUUGCACCUAUCCCUGGUGAGACCAAAGUAUGGCAAUAUAUCAGUUUGAUGAAGCGCAUUUACUUGAUCGACUGUCCUGGUAUCGUUCCUCCCUCGAGCACUGAUACCCCCACAGAUUUGGUGCUGCGGGGUGUCGUUCGAGUCGAGAAGGUUGAACAUCCUGAGCAAUACAUUCAACCCCUAUUAAACCGUGUCAAGCAACACCAUAUGGAGAAGACCUAUGAGCUUAAGGGGUGGACAAACUCCACGGAGUUCCUGGAGCUUCUCGCACGAAAGGCUGGCCGCCUUCUCCGUGGAGGCGAACCUGAUUUGGAUGGUGUGGCUAAAAUGGUCCUCAAUGAUUUCAUGCGCGGCAAAAUUCCUUGGUUCACACCUCCGCCAAAAUCUGAUGGCGAAGAUGAUACAAAGGUGGGGAAUCGUGAGGGUAGACUUGGAGAGAUGCCCCGCAAGCGAAAGCAAGAGGAGGCAGUGGAUGAUGAAGAUGCCUCGGCCGAGGCACAACUUCAGCAAGAGGCCGAAGCAGCGCUGGAGAAGGCUGGGGGUAUGAGCUCUGGUGCUGAUGAAGAGUCAGAUUUUGAGGGGUUCGGCAGUGACACAGAGGAAGCGCGAUCAAGAAAGCCGUCCUUUGGAGCUACAGUAGAUGGCGAGAGCGAAGUCGAGAGCGCCGAAGAUGAUGUGAUAUCGGUAGGCGGCUCCCAAGACGUACAGGAGGUCGAGGAAGAGGAACAAAAAGCGCCUGCACCGGCAGCUAAAAGUAAAGGAAAGAAGACAAAGGGUGGCCCGCCGAGUAAAAAAAGGAGGGCAUAA